ACUGCAACAAGUUACGUAGGAUUAAAAACUUUUGAGAUAAACAUGUAUAUCGAAUAUUAUUUUGCAUUCAAUUUGAUACUAAUCAUUUUUGUAUUUGUUCUGUGGACGUAUUGCAAAUUAUCAGUCGGUAUUUGCAAAUGCAAGAAUCAUUUAGUUGGAAAAGUAGCGGUGAUAACAGGCGGCUGCACGGGAAUUGGGUUCGAAACAGCAAAAGAUCUUGCAGAAAGAGGUGCCAGAGUUAUUAUAACUGACAUAGACGACAAACGAGGAAUCAAUGCUAAGAACGAGAUCAUUGCAGCAACAGCAAAUAACAAUAUCCACUAUCAUUACUUGAAUCUUGCUUCUUUUAAAUCUAUAAAGAAAUUCGCAGCAGAAAUCAUUACUCAAGAGAAACGUCUAGAUAUUCUUAUUAAUAACGCUGGUGUGUUCGGUUCAGAAAAUGUCAAAACUGAAGAUGGUUUGUUGCUUGGAAUGCAAGUCAAUUACUUCGGACCAUUUCUUCUAACUAAUCUACUGCUACCUCUACUGAAAUCAUCCAAACCCAGUCGCAUAAUCAACGUAUCAUCGAUGUUAAGCUAUUUCGGUACAAUAGAUCUUCAAAAUCUUAAUAUGGAAAAGGAAUCUCCAGAAACAUAUAAAAGAGAAAAGGUUUACGCAAAUUCGAAACUUUGCUUAAUUCUUAUAACACACGAAUUAGGUCGAAGGUUAAAAGGAACCGGGGUGACUGCUAAUUGUUUACACCCUGGAGUUUCCUUAACUGAAAUGUCAGGAAAUACCAAUAUAGCAUUAAUUGCGUAUUCUCUACCAUGGUUAAAACUGUUUUGGAAAACAAAGUGGGAAGCGGCACAGACAAGCGUAUACUUAGCAGUGUCGCCAGAAGUUGCCGACGUGACUGGAAAAUAUUUCCGAGAUUGCCGUGAAUCGAGUGCACUUAGUCGGCAGGCAAAAGAUACGGAAUUAGCACAAAAAUUGUGGAUAAUAACAGAGAAACUCGUUGGGCUGUAAAUUGUGAUUUUGUAAAGUGUUUGUGAUUGUUUUGAUAUAAAUUUUGCUUUGUACAAGUAUAAUU